GGCAGCGGGGAGGGUGCUCCGGCAACGCUUCCGAGUCGCGGGGGCAGUGGGGAGGGCGCUCCGGCAGUGGCAUCGCUAUCAUCAUGACGACGCUCCGCGCCUUCACCUGCGACGACCUCUUCCGCUUCAACAACAUCAACCUGGACCCGCUGACCGAGACCUACGGGAUCCCCUUCUACCUGCAGUACUUGGCGCACUGGCCCGAGUAUUUCAUCGUCGCCGAGGCGCCCGGCGGGGAGCUGAUGGGCUACAUAAUGGGUAAAGCAGAAGGCUCUGUGGCUCGGGAAGAGUGGCAUGGACAUGUUACUGCUCUCUCUGUUGCACCAGAAUUUCGACGGUUGGGUUUGGCUGCCAAAUUAAUGGAACUACUGGAAGAAAUUUCAGAAAAAAAGGGUGGAUUUUUCGUUGACCUCUUUGUGAGAGUAUCAAAUCAGGUUGCGGUAAACAUGUAUAAGCAACUAGGAUACAGUGUGUACCGGACAGUGUUAGAGUACUACUCUGCUAGCAGUGGAGAGCCAGAUGAAGAUGCUUAUGAUAUGAGAAAAGCUCUUUCCAGAGAUACAGAGAAGAAAUCAAUUAUACCUUUGCCUCAUCCUGUGAGACCAGAAGACAUUGAGUAACUGCAAGCAGUAAUUCUCAGACAGCUUACUAGGAGUGUCAGGUUUCUUCUCCCUCCAACCACCAAGAACUUACAGAUGAGAAAUCUUAGGCUCAAUGUGAGAUACCAAAAAGCAAUAUUGAGAAGCUUACUAAUGCUGCUUCGUUGGUAAUGGGUGCAUACUCCUACACUUACCCGCUUAUUUUUCCUUUCAAAUAUUGGGAAUUCAGUGACUGUUAAAAUGGAAUUACCUCCUGCAUGUUGUUUCCUUUGUUUUCUUUCACACCAAAAAUACUUGAAGUCAUUAAUAGUAAAAAUUCUUCAAAUGCAUUUAUAAACGAGCAGUGAAAAUACUGUACAAUGCCCAAGAAACACAGCAGGGGAAGGCAGUGUGUUAAUUCUUGCAUAGAAGAUUCUUAA